CUCUUUUUGGAACUCGCCUGUUCUCAUAUUUAUCCCGCGCCUUCUCAAAUUUUCCCAGCUGGAUCCCCAAUGGGCACCUUCAUCAAACAACACUAAACAGACUCUGCGGACGUCAACUCCUGCGAACCCCUGUCAUCCGUAGCUACCUACAUGUAGGUUAAUAAUUAAGUCAGGUACAACCCACACACUUUCUGCCGGCCUGCCCUUCUGAUAAUAUUACGUACCCCCAUCUCCGUUUUCUUCUUCGCACUUCAUCCGAAAGCUCACAAAUCUUCUCUUCGAUCUCAUCUUUCCGUCCAUAGUCCGGAUCAUCAUCUCUUUCCCAAAGACAUCUUAUCUACAUCUACAUUUACACAUUUUGGUUCGCCCAACCAAUUUGUCGUUUAACCCCAUCCAUCCAUCACAUACGCCGAUCGACUUCCUACUUAGGUAGCUCAAUCGCAAACAUGUUCACCACCAGCGUCGCCGUCGCCGCGCUCUCCGCACUUAGUCUCGUCUCCGCUCAAGCGAACUCUAACUCGACUUUUACUAUUAACCCAACCACAGUCGAUAUCUCUGAUCGGGUUGCUUGGUGCCAAGGACAGACAGAUAGCUGUGGCACGAUUUGCGGUACCGCGAUCAACAAUGCCUGCUCAACCGAUACGUUAGAUUUUACAUGUCAGUGCCAGGGUGGCAAUUACCCCGAUAUGAACAAAUUCGAGAAUGCGAUGCCCUGGUUCGUUUGCGAGAGACUUCAAAGCAACUGUAUCACGCAGGAGGAGAACAACGCUGCCGGUCAGAAGAACUGCACUACAACGUUUGGCGAUAAGUGUGGUACGGAAAGUGUGUCGGCUCACGCUGGCGAGGGAGCGACAACUAGCAGUAGCAGUUCUGCGGCACCGAGCAGAAGUGCUACUGCUGCUUCCAGCUCCGCCGCAGCGAGCUCAACAUCUCAUGCCGCAGCCGUCCCUACGAACAUUCAGUAUCUCGGAAACGGUGCUGCAGCUGUUGCUGUCGGCCUGUUCGCUUAUAUGCUCUAGGAGUAGUAUGAGCGUAGGUUGAGUAAUUGCAUAAGGAGUUUAUUAAAGAAAAUCAUGGUUGCUGAUGGAAUUGCUAUAAUGGCGCUGCCGUUCCUUUCUUGUACAUUUCGACAUCCGCAGCACUCAAACUGAUCCACCGGACUGGACAUGUCACGUUGCACGUGACAAACCCAAAUCACGAGGAGACGAAUCGAGUAUUAAUGAUUUAAUAUAUGUCGGUGGAGAUUUUAAUGUUUAAGUGAUAAGAGCAUGGUGCUGAGAUCAGAGUCGCAUGGCGGUUGUGGUUAGUAGGAGACUAACAAAACCCGCAAGCUAGUUACAAUAGCACACCACAAAGCAGGCAUAGAACAAUACAAUUGAUCAAACAA